AUGUCUAUAGUAGUAUUCUUAGCAGUUGUGACUGCUACUCUGAUUCUUUCAAAAGCCAUCUAUAACUAUUGCUGCAAAGCAAGAAGUGCAGCCUCAAGGAGGCGCAAUGGAUUUGAUAAUUCAGAAGAUGAUAUCUCAAUUGUGGUCCCCGUGGGUUUGGAUAAAGAAAGUUUGAAUGCUCUGCCAAUUGUUGAAUACAAACCAGAGAAUCCUAAAGCCGGGUUAGAAUGUGCGGUCUGUUUAUCAGAAUUUGAAGAGAAUGAAAAGCUCAGGGUAUUGCCCAGCUGCAACCACGGAUUUCAUACCGAAUGUAUUGAUAUGUGGCUGCAUUCACACACUAGUUGUCCUCUCUGUAGAACAACCGUGCAACCCAUUAUGACCUCAAAUGGGUUGAAGUCAGUGAAUGGUGAAGAAGAGUUUCAUACAGACAAUUCACUGGGAGAUCAACCCAUUUCUUCAAAUAUUGACCUAAGUAAUGAAACUGUUGUUCAUGGGCAUCUGGUGAGGGGCCAAAGAAGCUGUGGCAGAGUGCAGUACCUGAUCCCAUCAAUCUUAGAUUUAAGGGCGACGGAGAAUGAGAUGGAUCAAGGAUUACAUGAUGGAAGGCUAUCGCCUCACAUUACCAUUGAAAUUGAGUUUUACUAG